GUUCUUUUUGUCUUCUCUGCAUUGAUCUACAUAGUGCAAAGUGCACAUACCAGCAAUGGCUUACUCUGCUCACGGCACCUGGCCAAUCAUGUUUCACAGACAAUAGUGCGCCUUCCAUCGGUUUCAUAUCCGCGGGUGUAUCCAUGUUUGGCGAGGAACAUUGCAUACCGCGCUAAUUGUUAGCAUGAUUCCUUCGUUUCACCGGUGGCGAUGCCUGGUACAAACGGAUAAAUACAUGAGAGCUCAGAGAAGGACUCCCCCACCAAUACUUGCGACUCCUCCUUAACGACAUCAGAGCUUCUUGCGCUCUAAAAGUAUUCGACUUCGAGUCAUCCUUUGUCUCUUCCUGCAUCACACUAUGGACUCGUUCUCCUCACUUUCUACCUUCUUCUCUGCGCCCUCCUCUGAAGAGACUCAAGCACAAGUACCAGUUGACCAGGAGCACUAUGGCAAUGCCAACUGCUACUGCGUCAUCGCAUGAUCAGCAUCACACUGUAUCUCUUUGAUCACUACAGUCCAUCUCUCGCAACUGUGUCAUUAUCACUGUACAUCGUCACUCUCCAUCUUGCACCGGUCAUCCAACCAGUCUUCGUUCGCGACAUUCGCCUUAUUCUGUCACAGUUGACAGAUAUUGUAUAUCGUGUUAUUUAUAAUUUUGGUAAACAGUACUUGGUGCUUACAUCCGGUAUGCCAAUGCUGCUGGGGAUUACCACACUGGAAUUUUCUACAUUCGUUUUUGUCGACUUUCUUUUAUUUAAACUUACUGUUGUACGGACUCAAUCUUUUAGCCUACAACUCCCUUCGAACAUCUUGAUGCUUGUAGUGCUAUUUGAGUUGUAACUAUAAGCGUGCAGGUAGUGAAUCGCAAUAAGUAUAUGUUAAUGCCGAUGUCUUUCCCGAGCUCA